AUGAAUCUGUUUUCCUCGCGAUUUAAUCAAUGGCCUGGUUUCCAAUCGACAUCUAUGAAAUGCUGGAAUAUGGCUGAAGAAGAAGACGGGUUCUUGCCUGAAGCUGAAGUGAGCUUUGUCAAUGAAACCAAUUCUUUCCAUGCUGGACAGAUGCCUAUGUUGUCUGCCCAUGUUGGAAUGGAACGUGAAUCAUCAGUCGCCAUGUUGUAUGCUCCUUUCACAGAAUCCCCCUACGAGAAUUCUGUUGUAGACAAGAAAUGUUGGCAAAUUCCUCAAUUCAAUGACGCCAUCCGUUCUUCUGAAGUGAAAGAAUCUUCGUGCAGAACUCCAAAUGUUACCGAGACAUUGGACACAUUUAAUAUUCAACUCAGCUCUAGCUCUAGAAGUGAUCUUGACGGAAGCAGCACUGAGCCAGAAACUUCGAGCCCAAUUACAAAUUCUUGCAGUACCAAAGGUAAAUCGACUCAUACCAACAACUCAUCUCCCAAGAGAAAGCGCACUCUCAUUUGUGACUCUGAAACAGAGGGAAGUACAGAGGACGACCAGUGUUUGGUCAUUGACGAUAAUUUAACAGAAAACAUCACCAUCCUUGACAAGCAGAGACAGCAACUUCAGCGAAGAACCAAGGCUCCAAAUCCAGAAAAGAAACUUCGAAAGAAGAAAAUUAGUGCCACCACAAAGAAGUCUGCUUGUCCAAGAGAGGAACCAAAGCGAGAAGACGCAACGAACAAGGAAAUUAUCCAACCUUCGGCUAGCUUGUGCUCAGAAGAAUUUAACAAUUCCAAUCAUAGUCCUGUAACAUCUACACUCAAUUUAGUUGAUUUUGGUGUAGAAUUUCCUAAUGUUCCUCACUUAAAGAUUGAGCUCGACAUGCCAUGUCAAGACAAUUACGUGAAACCUUCUAUUUACAACAAGCAAGGCAAAUGGACCAAGGACGAUUCCAUCCUUUCAAAAUUUAAAGUAAUAGUCUCCACUAGUGGUGGAAUGAAGAACAUUGAUGUUUCCAAGAUGAGGUUACUGGUAGUCACUCAAAAGAACACUAGCAAGCCAGAUGGAGCCAUUCUCAAUGUUAAUCUCAUCACAGAUUCACAGUACGUGACUCCCAAGUCCAACAAGCCCAUGACCAUGUACUAUUUGGAUAAGGAUCCCAACGAGAAUGAUCUUCUUCAAGUCAUUGAGAUUGAACAAUACGAAAAAAACCAAGCGAUUUUCACUUGUCAAGUUUCCUCCUCCAACAACUCUGGAUGGAAGAAUAAGUAUCACGAGUACAAAUUGAUUGCCAUUGAGACCAGCUCUGCGGAUCAUUAUGGAUGCUUAUCGGAAGGUUUUAAGGUAGCCAAGUGUCCCAAGCGUAAAGACCUUGCUUCUGAGGAGUCUCGUCAAUGUAGUACUAGUGAUAAUGCAUCAAACAGUGCUGGGAGUGAGAUGAUUGUAUCAUCUACCGCUGUUGAUGAUUCAGAAGUUGUGCUGGAGCAUGUAUACGUUGAAGAAAAUAACAAGAAGAGAAAGCUCAAGGUUUUGGAGCCAACCUUUGUAGUACAAGAUGGCAAGAAGUACAAGAUUACCAUUGAGCCUGUUUCCGAAUAA